GGAAUUUUCUGGCAGGCCACAACACCACAAGUUAAACCGGAAAAGAACCCCAAACACUGCAAGCGCGAAGCAGCGAGCAAACGCACCAACCAAGACAGAGACACGUUGCUGCACACCACGUCUCAUUCACCCCACAUCCAAGACACAGCCAAACCAACAAUAAUACUCUUCUGACUGAGAGCGUUGCCACGCGCGUCUUCCCAAAGCACACGUUAGCAGCCAUGGCCAAGUGGGGAGAAGGGGACCCGCGCUGGAUUGUCGAGGAGCGUCCAGACGUCGCAAACGUCAACAACUGGCAUUGGACGGAGAAGAACGCCACACCUUGGUCCAGGCAGUUUCUGCAACAGGAGCUCAAUGGGCUGGAGGUCUCCUCGGAUGCAGGCACCGUCACCUUCUCAGAUGUCCAGGUCGAAGGUGAAGCCACCGCCAACAACCGCAAGGCAAAGCUCAUCUUCUUCUAUGAGCUGGAGGUCUCCAUGAAAUGGAAAGGCAAGACAGCGGAUGGCAAGAGUGUAAGCGGCAAGUUCAAGGUGGAAAAUCUCAGCGAAGAGUACACCCCGGAUGAGUUUGAGUUUGAGGUGAACAUGAGCAGCGAGGAGACGCCAGCGAGGCGGGCGGUGAAGGAGAUGGUGCGCAAGGCCGGCGCCGAGGCCGUCAGGGCAAAACUCGACAAGUGGUACAAAGAGCUGCGCGUGGAGUUUACAAAGGGCAUGAUUCUCCCAACAAAGGCGAAGCAGGCUACCCCGAGCGCGCCGACAAGUGGGGUGAUCAUCCACUCUGAGAAGAAGGACGCAUCGUCCUCUGCUGUGGAAAAGAAGGAGAAGGAGGUGCAGCCGCGCGGGUCCUUUGAGAUGGACGAGGAAUUUCUCUGCAGCCCAUCAGACCUCUUUCAGUGCUUUGUCGACGAAAACCGGGUGAAGGCGUACACGCAGGCUGACGCGAGCAUUGAGGCGAAGAUGGGCGGUUCGUUUUCGCUCUUUGGUGGGAACGUCACGGGUGUCAUCAAAGAUCUGAUUCCAAACGAGCGCAUUGUGCAGGCCUGGCGCUUCAAGUCCUGGCCCGAAGGCAUGUACUCUGAGGUGACAAUGAAGUUUGUGCCCGGUGAUGGCUGCACGCACCUCAAGCUCACACACAACAACAUCCCCGACAGCGACCUGGAGCGAGCAAAGGAGGGCUGGAAGCGCCAUCAGUUUGAGCGCAUCAAGGGCAUGUUUGGCUUCGGCACCUCGCUCGCUGGCCUCAUGUGAACACCGCCCCGCGAUGAUCAUGGCAUGUGUGUGUGUGUGUAUGUGUGUG